GUUUGUCUACUUUUGGAAAUUGUUUUGAAGCUGUUCAUGAUGACUCUGAGGCGCUCAAGAAGAACCAGAGCUGUCCCUGCUCACCUGAAGGGCUUCCUGCUGGAGCGCGUCUCUUCCCGUGAGGAGCCAGCAGCGGCGGCCAGGCCGGACACCUCCAGCUGCGUGUCGGACACUUCUCUAGAGGACAAACACCUGAGGAACGCGGCUGUCCUUCCUGUCCUGCGCCCCGCAGCCUCAGUCUCCACAGUGGGUGAGUGUCCGCAGGAGGAGCCGCUGUCCAUCCACGGCCGGAGUGUGCAGGAGUACCAGCACAUCUACCGCUGCGUGAUGGACUCCACCAUGAAGAAGCGGCGCCGUAGCAGAUACAGCCUACAGCAAGGCUUGGAGAUCAAGCAGCGGCUGUGGGAGAAGCUGGACCGGCCUGCACUGCUGGAGACAGAGAUGCCUGACGGACGUGUGGUCAUCACAGAGAUCAGGUCUGGGUCCAGCCUCGCUCCCCAUAUCAAGGUAGACAUCAGUAAAGAGCCGCUGCCUGAUCUCCAAGCCUACAGCAAGGCUUGGAGAUCAAGCAGCGGCUGUGGGAGAAGCUGGACCGGCCUGCACUGCUGGAGACAGAGAUGCCUGACGGACGUGUGGUCAUCACAGAGAUCAGGUCUGGGUCCAGCCUCGCUCCCCAUAUCAAGGUAGACAUCAGUAAAGAGCCGCUGCCUGAUCUCCAAGCCUACAGCAAGGCUUGGAGAUCAAGCAGCGGCUGUGGGAGAAGCUGGACCGGCCUGCACUGCUGGAGACAGAGAUGCCUGACGGACGUGUGGUCAUCACAGAGAUCAGGUCUGGGUCCAGCCUCGCUCCCCAUAUCAAGGUAGACAUCAGUAAAGAGCCGCUGCC